AUGAAUAAAGACUAUCAGAAUGAUAAAAUUGAAAUGACAGACCUCUCGGAAAAUUCUCCGAGAGUUAUAGAUAUGGAAUUUGAUAUCGAUGAACAAUUGUUAGAGAGAUUAAGAAAAAUUUGUCCGACAUUAUAUGGAAUGUGUGAAGAAUGCCAGCAGCCAAAUACAGACGAAUCAUGGUUUUCUAAAGCUAUUUGGACCGAUGGACCCAUAGUUAAAUGGGAUAUUAAAAAGGGAGAAUGGAAAAGAAUUGGUGCUCAACCAGUAAUUUUCAAAAGGUUGAAUAAUUCAAAAAUCAUUUCGCAAAAGUUUUUAGACGAGGUGAAGAUUUAUCAAAAUGUGAUAUUAAUUGCUUAA